CAGUUAGACCCAGUAAUCUUGUUGAGGGCCUUUAAACUUUAUAUUCAAGGGAAGAUACGAAACUUAUCUUACUGAGUUGUAUCCAGUUCUGCAUUUUAAAAUGUAUAUGCAAGUGCACUGGAGCGAUCAAGAAGACCUAGUACCAUUGUUGCCGCUUUCAGGAGAAAGUGGUGUUGAACAAGCAGGAUGGAGUCACACCAUCAGAUUGGCAAGACAUGCUAGAAAAAGUGUGAACACAGUAAUGCAACUCAAUGACUGCACAGUAGAGUAUUUCAGCCAGCCGGUACACAGGCUUUUUUGGCAGUUUAGUGUGUUUAUAUCUUCACAUUGAAUCAAGGAUUUGGAUUAACUCUAGAUGAUGGUGCUAAACUAAGUUAACUCUGUAGGGGUGCUGUUAUGUCUUUUGUGGUGUUUUUUCCUAAACUGUAUACAUAAAUGAGUAAGAUCUACACACAUAACUAAUUCUGGAACAUUGUUGGCUAUUGCACUUAAAAAUGUUUGAUAUAUCUAAGUAUGUCAUAAGAGCUCAGGGAAAAGUGUAUUUGUCUAAUUUCAAUUUUCAUACAGUUUUUAUUGUGUUGUAUAUUGUUUUGAAAUUAAACCUCUAAGAAGCUGUUCUGUCUUUACCCUUUGAAGUAGAAAUGUGUUGAUGAUACUUUUUUUUUUGCUAUGAAAUUGACUGCAGUUUAACUUUUUGUUUGCAGUAUGGGGUUUAAUGGUGAAUGGGGAAUAAGGUAUUUUGUGUUUGGGUUUUGGUUUUUUUUUGGGGGGGGGGGUGGUAGUGUGUGUUUAUUUGGUGGUGGUUCACUUUUAAUAAAUGGUGAUGGUGGGGACCCCAGCAAACAUUUCCAUUCUUGAAAAAGCUCUGUGAGAUGUAGGCUAAAAAAGAUACAGUUUUAUUUUUUUGCAAAUAUUUCUCCCUCAACCAAGUUCGUAACUUCAGUUUGUUUCUUUCAGGUAAUCUGUGGCUGGUUUUGGUAGAACUUUAGCAGCAAGAAGAGUGGUUUUUAGAACUUGAUUUGUAGUUGGCUCGUAUGACGAUGGUAUUUCUUUUUGGUAGAACAGGGUGUGUGGUGUCUUAAUAGAUGAGAAGUGCGUUAAGUCGUGUGUCCUCCUCGUCAUCUCCCGUCCCCAGUAUUAGGAUUGAUUUCUGGACAUUCUCGUGUGAGGAGGCUGGACAACUUAGGAAACGAAUCUUAAAAGUUUUGACCCAGGUGAAAAACACUUUUGUAACACUUCAUGGAGUGAUGUCUCUCCUUGGGAGUCUGCAGGCAAAAGGAAGAGAUACAGAACAAAGCCGUACUGCUGUAGCUUAUGCAAGUUCUCAUCAAAAUUGCUCACUUCAUUCAAGAAUCACUUGCACCGCUACCAUGAGGAUGAAGUGGACCAAGAGCUGGUGGUUCCUUGCCCAAAAUGUGCAUUCGCUUCUGAUCCCAAAAUAGUGGGAAAACAUAUUCGUAUGUUUCAUUCGUCUAAUAAGAGAAUCCAGAACUACACAGUCAGCAUUUUGGAUGGCAUGAAACAAUUCAGGAGUGACAUCAUAAACUUUACGUGUCUAAAAUGUCACUUCACAGACACAUUGUAUUACAAUAUGAAGAAACAUGUGCUGAUGAACCAUUUUCAGAACUUAAUUAGUACGUAUUUUGGCCAGAAACCUGAUGAAAGUAAAGAGAAUUCUACUGAGCACUACUGUAAAAAAUGUAAUGCUUCUGCAAACAGCCAAGAUUCUUUAAUGUAUCAUGUUUUGACAGCUGAAACACACAGAGACCUGGAGAACAAACUUCGGUCUGUGAUUUCAGAGCAUAUUAAGAAGCCAGGACUUGUGAAACAAAUGCAAAUUGCUCCAAAGCCUCCCCAAAGUGUGGCAGUGACUCCUCCAUCUGCAACACCUGCCACUGCCACAGCAGGUUCCGUCACAACUCCAUCUUGCAUCCAGCUUGCAUUUCCACAGAAUAAUCAAAACCAGAGUGUGGUGCAGCCAAAAGCUGUUCAAAACACAGUUGGAUCACUGACUGUUCCAAGUGCCUCUGGUAGCCUUCCACAUAUAACUUCUGCUCCGGUUGUUACCCCCUCACAUGUUACUCUUGUAUCUAAUAAUCUUUUUGUAGGUCAGAAUAACAUGAAUAUUCAGCCGUCACCUUCCCAGUCUAUUAUUGUUUCUCAUACACUCCCCCUUAAUCAGCCUGUGGGGACUGUGGCCCCUGCAGUUCUUCCUCUUAAUCAACCUGUCAGGCCUGGGCUCUUUCCUAUUAAUCAACCCAUUGGUACCAUAAAUGGUCCGGUUGCAACUGGAACGCUACCUGUUACUCAGCCUGUCAGCCCUGUGAAUCAACAGGUUGCACCAGGAGUUCUCGCUGUCAACCAGUCGUUUGGGAAUGUGAAUAGACCCAUUAGUCCCAGGGUCCUUCCUGUGGCGCAGACAGUUGCGUCAGGUGUUCUCCAGCUUAACCAGCCUGUUGCUUCUGGGCUUGUUCCUGUCAGGCAGUCUGUCAGACCUGGUUUUUUUCAGCUUAAUCAACCUGUUGCCCCAGCAGUUAUCCCAGUAAAUCAUCCAGUUCAACCGGCAGUUUCUCAAAACGCAACUUUUUUGACUCCAGGUUCUAUAGUUCGGCAGUUGAUUCCAACUGGUAAGCAGGUUAAUGGGAUACCUACGUACACGCUUGCCCCAGUUUCAGUUACUUUGCCUGUACCUCCUGGGGGGGGAGUAGCAACUGUUACACCACCACAAGUGCCCCUCCAGCUAAUGCAGGCUGGGACAAUAACUCAGUUGUCGCAGUCACCGGCUAGUGCACCCUCUCCUCCAGUAGUUUUAACAUCUCAGAAUAUAUCAUUACAAGCCUCCCUCCUUGGUCUUGGAACAAGUCAGGAUAUCAGACAGGCUAAGCAGUGGAAGACUUGCCCUGUUUGCAAUGAACUUUUCCCAUCAAAUGUCUACCAGGUGCAUAUGGAGGUGGCCCACAAACAGUGUGAAUUAAAAAUGGAGAAAACCCCAGCACCUGACAAACUUGCAGCUUGUGCACCCUUUCUGAGGUGGAUGACAGAAAAGACAGUCCGGUGUUUCUCUUGUAAAUCUUUUCUCUGUGAGGAAGAGCUCAUGAAACAUCUAUUGAUGCAUGGCUUAGCUUGCUUGUUUUGCACAGUUACUUUCCAUGACUUAAAAAGCCUCGUGGAGCACAGUAAAACCACACACAACGGGAAAAAGCAGUUACAUGCAGAUUAUAGCAACAGAGGAUUUCAACUAGGUAACGAUGCUCAGGGUGACCUUGUAUUUCCUCACUUUGAUUUCAGUACAGUGUUACCAAAAGAAGACAUUGGUGAAAGAGAAGUACAUUUGGCAGUGCUUGCUGGACUAAAUUCAAGGACGCUUGUCCCAGUUUACAUCAAAGUGACAGCUCAAACAGCAGAAACAAACAGCAGAUGCAUCAAAAAAGCGUUAACCUGUCCCUUUUGCUAUGGUACGUUUGCUGGUAAAGAAACCUAUGAAACGCAUUUGAAAGAGAGGCAUCAUAUAAUGCCAACUGUACAUACUAUUUUAAAGACUCCUGCUUUCAAGUGCAUCCACUGUUGUGGUGUGUACACUGGAAAUAUGACUCUAGCAGCUAUCGCUGUACAUUUGCUCCGUUGUAGAAGUGCUCCCAAAGACAGCAACUCAAGUGUGAAGAUGCAACUCGAGCGUACUGAGAAGAAAGAGCUACUGUUUGUAAAUGGUGAAAAGCAUGAUUCUGUGACGCUGAAAAGAAAACAAUCAGAUUCCUGCUUUGUUGCAGAAGACCAAAGGAAUAAGGAACAGCAGCCUCUGAGCUUAAGUACUGGCAUAGCUCUGUCUCCAGAAAGAGAAGUGAAUUCAGGGGUAGUGCCUUUUAAACGACAGAAGAUUAAUAAUAGGACUGAUAUGAAGAAGCUUCCUUCUAGUGAGGAUCUUCGCUUUCUAGCAGUAGAUCCUAAACAGUAUGAUCACAGUUCGUAUGAGGCUCAAAAGCAGUUUUUGACAGACUACUUUCACAAGAGGCCAUAUCCUUCUAAAAAAGAGAUGGAAUUACUUUCCUUGCUGGUGUAUGCAUGGAAAAUUGAUGUUGCAUCAUUCUUUGAAAAAAAGAGGAGUAUAUGCUUAAAGGCGAUGAAUAAUCACAAACCAUCUGUGCUGCUGGGUUUCAGUAUGUCUGAACUAAAAAAUCUUAAGCACAGUUUGAAUCUAAAAGACGAAGCAUUAGAUAUGUAAACAAGCUUUUUAUAACAGCUAAAAGCAACCCAUAAUUGCAUAAUUAUUGAUUUAGCCGUUUAUUGUAUUAUUUGUUUUGACUUGCAGACUGGCCUGUUGAAGGGUGCAGUAGUACAAACAGUCUUGUUCAGUUGCAACUUACUGUGAAAGGCACACGUAGUUGUGUAUUUGAAAAGCUAGAACCUUCAGACUUACACAUCUGGAAUUUGUUUUAGCUUUUUACUUUUUCUGGAGUAUGGUUUUUAUUUUUGUUUCCCCUGUUCCCUUUCUUCCCCUCCAGGCUCCCAUUACACUUUUUAUACCACCAUGUAAAACAUUUGUCCUGUUAAAAACAGAUUUGAUUUUAUUUUUCUGCAAUGUCGUCAUCUUUUCUAAACAAUAAAAUGUAUAAUGUUGGUUAAAAUACUGAGGUAAACUACGUGAAAAAACAUAUAUUUGAUUAUUUGUGGGUUUAAGUCCUAAUUUUUUUAACCUAUUUUUGUUUUAUCUACGGAAGAAGUGAUUGUAACCUUUACGUCCAUUGCCUUUUCAAAUUCCCGAUGCACUGGUAGCAAUAAAAUAGAUGGCAAUCUUUUUUUUUCCUCAGCCAAAAUACCUGUGCCAGUUAAAUCUGGUGACUUGUAUCUAGCUAGUAUUAUCUUGGUGGGGAUUGAGUAACUUGGUGGUUCCCAUUGAAGUGUUAUCAUUAGCUGACUUGAAAUGGUUGUGUGUUACCUGUUAAAUAGAUCUUGCUAACUAGAAGUGUUUUUUCAUUGGUGUUGAAGCCUGGUUGUUUAAAUACCUGUUGUUCAAAGCUUGUGCAGCUAUUGUAGCAGCAUUUGGUUUAUUUUCUUUUUCAAAAAGGGAGUCACAUUGCUCUGAUACAUGGAGUGGGUGACUUCUGUGCACAUCACUUAUCUGUAGAAGCCCUAUCCAAAGUUUGGUGAAAAAGAUGUCUUUUAUUUUAAAUAGCUGUUACAUGAGGUUAGUGGGGGGAGGCACUGCACUGAACAGUGCCUCCUCCCCCAGCAAGUUAGAUACAUAGCUCGGAGUCUUUUGAGUCAGAAAUUGUACAAACUGCAACUGGAUGAAUUGGUAGCACCAAGACUUUAAACUGUUGAGUACUUGAACCAAUGAUACUCACGUAGUGAUUGUUCUUUGUUGUCCUCUAGAGAGCAUAAGAAUAGUAUAAAACCCAAAUAGACCAGCUUGUUCAAUGUAAACUACCAUCCCUAUUACAGAUUAUGGAAGAGCUGUUGGGAAGGUUCACUUGAGUUAAAGAACAAGCUGUGGUAUUGGUGGCCACAUUGAGAGGCCUUUUUUGGUACUGUUCUUUCUUUCUGAAUGUGUUUGGUUUCAUCUCGCUUGUCAAACAGUGCCUCCAAUAUUCAUUAAUGGCCAGUUAUAUAAUAAAUAACUUACAAUAUGCAUUAUUUUUUUCCCUACUCUUCAUCCCCUUCUCCCCACCCAUCUUUCCCAGAAGAAAAAAAAAAAAGAGCAGGCUCUCCUGUCAGUUCACUUGUGCCAGUGUUACAAGGAAAGGGAGAUGUGCAAGCUUAUUUCUAUUUUUUUAAGUAGUAAGUGUACUUUUGUCCUGUGCAGUAGUUUUUAAAAUAGGCACAGAAUGUUUUUUGUGCAGUUUCUAAAAGGGCAUGGCAUUUUUAGCAGAAUUUGGUGGCUGCCCACCUGAGGUUCUAUAAGCUGUUUGAAAUUAUAUUUUGGAUACAAUCUCGAUAUUUUCAUAUUGAUCACUUCAGAGAGUUUUGAUGUAUAUGCAAAGUAUGGUUACUUAAACUAAAAGAAUCUGCUAUUUGGAAAAACCUAGUUAUUUAAUAGCAGUGCUGAGCAAACAUAAACACCAUUUCUGGCAAUGUCUGCACGUCUCACCACAAAGAGUGAUGGUGAAUAAGAACCAAUGUGGUGUCCUAGCUUAAGAAUAGCUCAUUAAAAAUAAAAAUACGAUAUUUGGGUAUAGAACAGUUCAUGAAUCAGUUUGAAGGGCUCUGAGUGAGGAAAGAGGAUGGAUGCUCUAUAGAAGUUCUGAAAUCUAGGCACUCCGUUUCACUCUUAAAACCUCAGUACUGUGAGCCCUGGCAUGUUUGUGGUGGUUUAUGCUGGUAUCAGUAAAACUCCAGCAGGGAGGAAUUUGGCAGUGUGCAUGUGGGGAAGGCUUGCCGUGAAUGGUUAAAGAUUGUUCUUGAGAUAACAGUGUGGCUUGGAGUAGGGAGCUGAGAAGUCAUUUCAGGACUCAGCCAUGCUGGGAGCUCCAAGGGAACAGUCCAGUCUUACCAGAGUUUUCCUGCAUAGCGUCCAGUGGUGAUGUUAAGCAUUUUCUUUAUUGGACUUUGAUUUCACAGUUUCGAAUAAACCAGCUUUCUAACUUUCUCUUAGAUGUGUGUGCAAAUGAUUACCUAUCCCACUGCUCCCCUCCCUCUGCUUUAAUAUAUUCAGGGAACUUGAUGUGAAAGUUUCUUUUUGGUGCAAAAUAGCUGUUAAAAGACACAAAAGGUAAGUCUGACCUUAAAACAUUGAUCCAGAUGCUUUAGGUAGACCUUAGUGCAUUAUAUUAAUAUCUUUUAUUAUCUCAACUGACAGUUACCUGUUUUCCUAGAGACUGAUGUUCUUAUAUCUUGGUACUAAUUUGCUGUCACUAAAUGCUUCUGCUCUUACUAAGUAAGGACUGUAGAAAUAAACAACCAGAUGAAUUUUGACAUGGGAUAAUGACUGAGGCGUAGUAUGGUCAUGGUUUUCAGGAAAGCCAAGUUGCCUGAAAACAGAAAAAUUACAUCAGUGUCUUUAACUGCAUUGGGCUUUUGCAGUAGGCUUCUCAUGUGUGAAGUCACUUGGUUAGGAAGUGUUAGUCUGGGAAGAUGCUGCUGCCCCUGCCUAGGGCUACGUGUGAGCAGUGUGGUAAAUGCCUCUCUGUCUGUCACUUUUCUAAGGGCAGAGCCUGACGUGGCUGGAAUAUACUGUUGGGGGAAACAAGUCUUCCAAAGGAGCUGCCCUCUGCAGCAGACUUUCUGAAUGCAGGUCCUUAAAGCGCAUGAGUGAAGCUCUGGUCCACUGUGAACAAAGUCCAGUUGGGGAUACUGGUUGGUUUGCAGGAUGAUUGUAGCAAGUACGUGUUCCUUAUGAGAAUCAUUAAAAAUAGCUGUAUGUAUUCUCCUUCUGAAAUCUGUUGGUCUGGAGAAGUCUCUUUGCAUUUGAGAAAUAGUUGUUGUGGUGUCUUGAUUUUUUGAGCAGAAAAAUUGUGCUUCUGAAAUAGUGUGAUAA